AUGGAUUUUCUAAAAUGUUCCUACGAUAAACACGAGCGUGUGUGGAGUGGCGACAAGCGUCCAUUGAUUUACGAUUUCGAUUGUUCGUUGGGCAAAGUUAUAUACAACACACUGAGGAACUAUCCGAAAAAAGUUUGUCAGGUUUCCGAUAACAAUGGACGUGAGGUUACCAAUGGUGAGACGCUUACUUGGUCCGUACGCUUGGCACAGCAUUUUAAAAAAAUGCACCUAAGGCAUGAUGACGUAAUCGGUAUUGUAGCUAAAAACAGCACUUAUUUGACUUCGGUGGCUGUCGGUUGUUUUAUGAAUUGUACGCCCUUCCAUGCUGUCAAUCCAAUAUUCGAUACGAAGAGCAUCGAAAAUGUCUUCACUAUCACAGCACCCAAAAUAAUAUUUUUAGAUGGCGAGUAUUAUGAGAAAGUCUUGGAAGCUACCCGUGCUUUCAAGCCAUUAUACUACACAUUAACCAAUCAUAUUGAGGGUGUAGCAAAAAUUGAAGAUCUAUUGCUACCCACAAAAACGGAAUUCUUUUACCUGCCUGAACAACUGACGUUGGGCGGUGAACAAACUGUAGCGAUACUCUGCUCAUCCGGAACCACAGGUCUACCCAAAUGCGUGUGCAUAUCGAAUUAUGCGCUACAAUUAGAAAAUGUAUUUGUUACCAGUGAGGAUGUGGUAUUCACCAAUAGCAACAUAGACUGGUUUACCGGUUUGUUAUACACCAUUAUCACAUGCACUUCCAGCUGCAAGCGUGUUAUCACGAACCGUCCCUUCACCCCGGAAUAUCUGGUUGAGUUAGUGCAGAAAUACCAAAUUAGCAUCGUUGGAGCUGCGCCAUUUCACGUCGCCGCGCUGGUGGCUUGCCCCACAGCUAACGCCGAGAAUUUGAGCACAAUUCGUUCAUUUUCCAUAGGUGGAGGCAGCGUCACUCUGCCUGUAAUUCAACGUCUACAAAGUUUACUCAAGAACAGUUUGAUAACCUUUGGCUAUGGACUAACCGAAGUUGGCGGUAUUUCAAUUAACAUGGGCACUCAGUUUCACACGUCAGUGGGUAAGUUGUUGCCUGGUCUGCACGCGCGCAUUGUCGAUGAGCAAGGCAAGAAUUUGCCAUCCAACGAAGUGGGUGAGAUUUAUGUAAAAACUGGUCGUAAAUGGAAUGGUUAUUAUAGUAAACCCAUUGAAACGCAACGCUUCCAAGACUCGCUUGGUUGGUUUCAUACCGGUGAUCUUGGCUACUUCGAUGAUAAAAACAUGCUUUACAUCGUCGAUCGUAAGAAGGAUAUAAUGAAAUAUCAGGGCAUGCAAUACUGGCCUGGUGAGAUCGAGCAAGUAAUCAGUCAGCUGCCUGAAGUGGCAAACGUUUGUGUGGUGGGCGUAAACGAUGAGCGCAAUGGCGAUGCUGCCGGCGCCGUUGUAGUGAAACGUAAGGAUGCCGUACUCACGGAGCAGCAAGUCAAGGAUCAUGUGGUUAAGCAAAUACCGAUGCCCUACAAGCACCUGCAUGCGGGUGUAAUUUUUGUGGACGAACUGCCACACAAUACUAAUGGUAAGUUACUAAGGAAGGAGGCGAAGGCAUUAUUUGAGUCUAUAUAAGUGUUUGGGUGGACUUAUGUUUUGAAAUUAUUGAGUAAAAGCAAUUAAUUGUGUGAA